AUGACUAACAUCAAGGAAGAUGCUGGGAGAGUUGAAUGGAGGAUAAGGGUGGAUGAAAAAGACGGCUCGUCCGAUCAGGUUUUGGAAACAGAACCAGGUCCUGCAAAUGGUUUCUGUCGUGUUUUCAAGUGCCUGGUUGCAAAUAAGUUUUCCAUGAGACUGCUGAGGUUUUUAAAGAAGGCAUGGCAUUUGGGAGUGGAUGACCCUAGGAAAGUGUUCCACUGUCUCAAGGUGGGAAUAGCUCUCAGUGUCGUCUCCUUGUUUUACUACAUGAGACCUCUGUAUGACGGUGUUGGAGGAACUGCCAUGUGGGCAGUUAUGACAGUGGUCGUGGUCUUUGAAAAUACUGUUGGUGCAACCAUCUCAAAAAGCCUGAACAGAGCUAUUGGAACUUGUCUAGCUGGAUUACUCGCUGUAGGAAUCCAUUAUGUCGCCAGUAAAUCAGGGAACAAACUUGAGCCUGUUAUUGUGGGAGGAUCCCUCUUCCUUUUAGCUUCUGCAGCGACCUUCUCCAGAUUUGUGCCGGCGGUGAAGAAAAAGUUUGAUUACGGCACUGUGAUCUUUAUUCUCACCUUCAGUCUGGUAUCUGUAUCUGGUUAUCGGGUGGAAAAAUUAUUUGAUAUGGCCAAGCAAAGGCUAUCAACCAUCAUUAUCGGGACUUCGUUGUGCAUUCUGACAAGCAUUCUGGUUUCCCCUAUUUGGGCUGGUCAGGAGCUUCAUUGUUUGAUCAUAAAAAACAUGGAAAAAUUAGCCACAUCUUUAGAAUGUUGUGUAGCUGAAUAUUUUGAUGAUGGUCAGAAAACCACUAGUGUCCCGGUGCAAAAUCUACAGGCUUACAAGUGUGUAUUGAAUUCCAAGGCUACUGAAGAAUCAAUGGCCAAUUUUGCUGCAUGGGAGCCUGCUCACGGUAGCUUCAACUUCCAGCAUCCAUGGAAACAAUACCUUAAGAUUGCUGCAGCCAUGCGUGACUGUGCAUACUGCAUUGAGGCACUAAAUAGUUGCAUCAGUAAUAAAAAACAGGCUUCCAAAUCCAUGAAGAAGCAUCUAAGUGAUAUCUGCCUCAAAGUGAAUUCCAGUUCGGGGAGCAUUCUAAGGGAACUCGCAAUCAACCUUGAGACUUUUAAGAAAACCUCCAAAAUGGAUAUCUCAAUUGAAGAAAUGAACAACUCAGUUCAAGAAGUUAAAAACUACCUGAAGUCCCUCCCUGGUUUAGUCCUUACGCCAACAACUUCAGAGACAAAAUCAUCUGAAACGGCAAUAAUGGAACCGCUUCUGACAACUAACACCAUACCUCUUGUGGAAGUCAUACCAUUGGUAACAUUUACUUCCUUAUUAAUUGAGAUUCCAACACGCGUCGAAGCCAUUGUUGAUGCAGUUGAAGAGCUAGCUAACAAGGCUAAGUUCAAGCCUGCUCCUGAUGACAAACCAAAACAGAAUGAACAAAACAACAAAACUGUAUCUGAACAACUAAACGAUGAAAAGACAAUGAAGACCCUUCAGAGCGUCUGA